ACCGGUUCUCUUUUCUUCUGUAGUAUGCAUAUGUAAGCAUCGUAGAGAGGAGCGGAGAUCAUUUCUGAGUAAGAGAUACAUUUUGGUAUUCAUACUGAUUGAUAGCAGAAGCAGAAAGAAAGAAGAAAGAGCGAUUGAAUUUUGAGAAAGAUGGAUUUGGAAUCAGUUGGAGAUUUAGCGAUUCAUGAAAUUAUGGAAAAUCUUAAACCCGAAGACAUUGCCAGAAUUUCAUGUGUCAGUAACAGGUUCAAAUCUUUCACCUCCGAUGACUCUCUUUGGUCCAAAAUCUGCUUCCGUGAACUCUCUCUCACUCAACCCAUUGAUCAUCUCGGAAACCCGACCCCUUCCUUCAAGGAAGCUUAUCAAACUUGGAGAGAAGCUUUUGUGAUGUAUCCUUGGUCUCUUGUUAAGCGUGUAAAAAGGUGUUGGGACAAUAUAAAAACCUGGCUCACCAAUAACUUUCCAGAAGCUAAGGAAACUCUUUGUGAAGGUGCGUCAGAAGUUGAGAUUCAAGAGUUGGAGGAUGUCUUAAAUGUCAAAUUGCCUCUUCCUACAAGGAUCCUUUACCGCUUUCAUAAUGGGCAAGAAAUUGAAAAACAUGACCAUGAUACCAGCACAUCUGACAUUUCUUUGGGAAUUAUUGGUGGUUACUCCUUCUAUGAUCAUUUCGUGAAUGUUUAUUUAUUACCUAUAAGUCAGGUAAUCCAAGAAACUCAGCAAAUUUCGCACAACUUAGGAUUUUUAAGAAGAUCCAAGUAUGUUCUUGUGGCUGCUUCGUCCACGUACCGUGAGAAGUUGUUCUUUCUCAACUGUACCAAUGGUCAACUAUAUGUUGGGACCAGAAAUCUUCUUACCAAUAGAGACUUGAUGCCAUGUGUUCCUCAGAAUCUGAUUAGUUUGCAUCAUGAGAUGGACAGCGAAAAGAUUCAGGAUGCCAUGCUACUGUGGUUAGAAGAACAUGGUCGCCGUUUACAACGUGGUUUUAUCAAAUUGCUCGAAGAAGGAAAUGCCAAAAGCAUUAGUCUUUUUCCAGAAGAAUCCCCUGUUUGUUCAACUGCUGUAACCAAUGGUGUGCAGAUUCGCGCCUCUGCAUUGCUUGUCCCUGAGGGUGUUGAUCUUCAAGGUGACCGUGAGAAGUACUUAUUUUCUUAUUCAAUCCGCAUGUCCUUACAACCUCAAGGAUGUGUGAUCAAUGGAAUGUCCCACAGUUCUUGCCAGCUUUAUUGGAGGCACUGGAUCAUCCGUGCUAAUGAUGCUGUAGUAUCUGACGUCAAUGGAGAAGCUGUUAUAGGAAUGUACCCACUUUUGCGUCCAGGUGACAAAGAAUUUGUUUAUCAGAGUUGCUCACCUCUGCCAACAUCCUCAGGUUCCAUUGAAGGUUCCUUUACCUUUGUACCUGGAAGAUUGGUAGACCCAAGAGGGGAUCCAUUCCUAGUUCAAGUCGCACAUUUCCCUCUUCAGCUGCCAGACUAUAUUUUCUGAUUUGCUUCUUGACGGGAUUCAGCUAUCUGUAAUGGUUGCAGCUUUGGGUUAUAUAUAGUUCUGGUGCAUCAUGUUACUUUGUAUGAGUUGCUUGGUUUGGUUGUUGUGAGUUUUAGUUGGCAGUGCACUAUUUCCCUUUGUAUUUAUCUAUAUAUAUUUGGGUAGUAAUAUUGAAAUUCUCGCAAUCUUUGUAUGAAAUGCAUUGCAUAUAUACUUAAAUAGUAGUUUUGUCGUUUAAAUUAUUCGAAUCCAAUCUACUGUUAUUGUAAAACAUAUGUCAUUGAAUUCAGUGUACUUCACAUAGGCUUUUGUUCUCAAAGAGGAUA